CGUUUCGCCAUUUUCCUCUUGCAGACCCGGUGCUCUCUCUGACGGUUACGUUGUCACCACCUCUGAGCGCUUUUAACCUCCUCGCAGCUGACAGUGGGAACGGGCAAGUCCUGAAAAAGAACAACGCCUGUCUUAUAGCUGUAUAUCCCCGAGAGAGAAGUGAAGCAUGUCGUCUGCCCAGGAGAGCCCGGAGUACUCGCCUUUCUUCGCUGUGAUGGGAGCCUCUGCGGCCAUGGUCUUCAGCGCAUUAGGAGCAGCAUAUGGUACAGCAAAGAGCGGCACGGGGAUUGCUGCCAUGUCCGUGAUGCGGCCAGAGCUCAUCAUGAAGUCCAUCAUCCCCGUGGUCAUGGCCGGUAUCAUUGCCAUCUACGGGCUAGUGGUGGCUGUGCUGAUAGCAAACAACAUCUCUGACAGAAUCAACCUCUACAAGAGUUUCCUGCAUCUUGGUGCUGGUCUGAGUGUGGGCCUGAGUGGUCUUGCAGCUGGGUUUGCCAUUGGAAUUGUGGGCGAUGCGGGGGUCCGAGGCACUGCUCAGCAGCCCCGGCUUUUCGUGGGCAUGAUCUUGAUCCUGAUCUUCGCUGAGGUGCUGGGGCUUUACGGCCUUAUUGUGGCCCUCAUCCUCUCCACAAAAUAAGUGUCUGCAUCAAACACCAUCUCAUUCAUUCCACAUUAAAGCAGCAAGAACAAAUAGGAGAUUUUCACCUACUUCCAUUACACCCUGUGGGUCUGACAGGAUGGGAUGGCAACAGAAACAUGUUGGCAGUCGACUUUGACUGCUCACUCCUCAGUAGACGUGAUCUAUUUGUGAUCUAUCCAUAAUGUUUAAAGCCAUCCAGUUGUGUCAGGUCCUUUUGUGUACAGAAUGGGCAUGAUGAUGUAUUGGUUGUUGUGGGAUGAUGUGUGGACAGUCUGCCUGAUUUGUUGUCUGAUCUUAAUCUGUACAGUGAUCCAGAGUCCCUCCACCCUUGUAAAUGUAGUAACCAGUCUGUGCUGUGAGUGUGAGUAUAAAUGUUUACCUCUCUGACCACCCCCCUUCCUUUUGGUUUUUGUUUUAUGUUGGUGGUUUUGAUUGUAAUUCUCUGUUUUGAAACUGCUGAAAAAUUGUGCACAUUAGUAUUUUAUUUUUUUCCAUGUUCUUUUUUGGGGACCAUGUUUGAAAUCAGGAGCUGUCGAGACAUAUUUUUGUCACUAUUUAUGGAAAGAUAUGAAGAUAUUGACUUCAUGAAUCUGUCUAAAUGGAAUAUUGUUAAUAUCAAAUACCCUAUAUACAUAAAAAUACAUAUAAAUUAUCUGUGUAUAGUUAGAUUAUUGCACUGUGGGUAAUUGUUAAAAGUGCUUGGAAUUCCUCUGGAUGUAGUGUGAUUAUUAAUGGAGGAUGUCCACAUGUUAACUUGGAGCUGACUGUGACUGUGUGUAUGUGAGUGAGUGAGUGAGUGAGUAAGUGUGAGAGAGUUACCCGAGUGCAGAAUGCGUGUAAGUGAAUUUUAUGUUUAAUAUGACAUUCUCAAUCACUAGUAUUGUUUACCUGUAGUGCUGCUGUCUUUUUGUUUCUUGUUAAAAGGUCACUGUUCAGCCAUACCUGUCAGAUUUCCGAAUAAAACUCAACCUCCUCCAGAA